CAAGUUCGUUGCAGGUCGGGUAAGGAGCUCACUGCCAAAGCCUGGGAAGAACACAGUAUGGAUGGCGUCGUUGGGAAGGAGGCGCGGUGUCCCAGUCAACAGGGAGAGGGGAGUGAUGGCGACAACAGAGUGUUACAUUGUUCACGAAAUCUACAAUGGCGAGAAUGCACAGGAGCAGUUUGAGUAUGAGCUGGAGCAGGCCCUGGAAGCACAGUAUCGCUACAUCGUGAUCGAGCCCACGCGCAUCGGUGACGAGACAGCCCGCUGGGUAGCCGUGGGGAACUGCCUGCACAAGACGGCCGUGCUGGCAGGGGCCGCCUGCCUCCUGACGCCGCUCACCCUUCCCACCGACUACUCGCGCUACGUAGCACUGCCAGCAGGUGCACUCAGUCUGGCCUGCGCCGCCCUCUAUGGCAUAUCCUGGCAGUUUGACCCCUGCUGCAAGUACCAGGUGGAGUACGACAGCCAGAAGUUGUCGCAGUUGCCGCUGCACACACUCACCUCGUCGACGCCUGUGGUGCUGGUGCGGCGUGACGAUGUGCACAGAAAGAGACUGCACAACACAAUAGCUCUCGCCGCCCUGGCUUACUGCGCCAAGAAGAUCUAUGAACUGUAUGCCGUAUGAGCAUCACCGCACGCGCACACAAAUACAUGUGUACACACACACACACACACACACUUGUGGGGAGAUGAGAAGCACUACUAAAUAGAAAUAUUUGCAUACAACACACAGACACAGUGGAAAUCUAACAGGCAGAAAGACGCGUGUAUGAAGAGGGCAACCUGCAAGGAGCCCAAAAAAAAUGAAAGAAUGGAACAAAUGUGAAGAAACGAGGCACUUUUCCCCUCACACUUUUCCGUCUGCUCUCUCAAAUGGUGAGGGAGCGACUGGUCAGAUUGGAUCAGAUAGGAUAGGAUGGGAGGAUGAAUAGAUGAGAAGGUGGAUCGGGGAUUCAUUAUUGUAAAACUAGAAGGAAGAUUCAUCCCUUCUUUUUCUGUACUCUGAAGUGACAUCAGCAUUGCACUUGCCCCACCCUUCAUGGUCUCUUGUCCUUUGGCAUCCUCCCAGCCUCUCCCUGCCCUGCCACAUGCGCUGUGCUCCCGCACCUGGGCAACAACCCACCAGACUGCGAACGCAUGGCGGACAGGGGAAACAAACAGACCUUUUAAGUAUAACCGUUGAAUCGCCCCCCCCUCCACCCCACCCCUGUGUAGUUUUACUGUACCCCGCAUUGGUGCAUCACCUUUUCAUUAAACAGUAGGAGAUUUAACCUCAAUGCAAUCUCUGCUGAUCUUUCAUUUGAUCUUUAAUUCAGGCUUUCCUCGAGUUGGGGAAUACUGCCAAAAUGUAUAUUUUCAAGGUAUACAUAAUGUUCUGAAAGUAACCUAUAUGAAAAUACUCAAACUUCUGUACAGUUUGUUAAUCCAGUUAUUGGGUCUAGCAAGCAAGGUAUUUGUGACUUUGGUUGUCAGGCAAUAUUAAUUAAGCCAGGGUCACUUCAGCCUAAAAGGUUAUUGAAAUGCAGUGUUUUUUGUGUGUGACAGUAAAUGACAUCAUAUUAAUUUCA